GUUGAUUUCUCCACGCGAAACAAAACUCCUGCUGAUGUCUUUUAUGACAGCGAAAUUGGACCAGUUGUCAGUCAUCUCUACCAGGUCUCAAAUCGUGGCCCGUCCGAAAUUGAUUCGGCCACUCUUGACAUCUUUUGGCCAUCAUUCUCAGCUGAAGGUGGUCAUCUGUUGUACAUGAUCACUGAUCCGGUCAUAAGUGAUCCUUCCAAAGGAAGAUGUCGAGUGAAGCAGGUGCAGAACAUCAAUCCGCUCAAUUUGAGGGUGACCAACGAGCAUCUUGCUACGGAAACGGAUCAUCGGAUGCACGGUCCUGACUAUAGAGGUGAAGGAGAGGAAGGAGAAGGGGAAGAGGGAGAAGAGGAAGAGGAAGAGGACGAGGAAGAAGGGGAAGAAGAGGAGGAGGAAAGAGAACAUGCAGUCCAGUCUCACGUCAUUAGAACACAAGCUGCACGUCCACAAACUGUAGGAAGAGGAAGGGUUGGCCAUCAACCACAUGUGGAAGUAACUCAUCUAGAAGGCUAUACGGCUGCAGGUGAUCAGACACAGGAAGAAGCAUCUGCCAGAGGCUAUGGUAGUGCAAGAACUCAGACUCAUGGCCGAAGCGGCACGUUUGGUACUGAAACAGCAACUGAAAAUGGCAGAAGAAGCCAUCAGGCCCAUGUUAUAUUAGCCCAUGGCGGGAAUCCAGAUAUCGAAAAAACUCGCUUGGGUCAGGGCCAUGUCGUUACAUCCCAUGGAGCAACAUCUGCGGGUGGACGAAGCCAUCAGACGAAAGUUGUAACAACCCAUGGCGGAGCUCAGGGCCAUGUUGUCACAUCACAUAGUGGAGCAGCAUCUGGCGGCGGAAGAAGCCAGCAAACCCACAUUGUCACAUCUCAUGGUGGAGCCCCCGGUAGCGGAAGAACUCUUCAAACUGAGAGACGCGUCGUGACAGGCCACACCGUAACCACACCCGGUGACGGAAGAAGUCAGCAAACCCAUAUUGUCACAUCUCAUGGUGGAGCCCCCACUAGCGGAAGAACUCUUCAAACUGAGAGACGCGUCGUGACAUCCCACACUGGAACCACUCCCAGUGAUGCAAGA